GUCCUUUUGGCAGAGAAAGCUGAUCGCCUCCACUUACACGAGAAACCUCCACCCCCGCCACUCCGUGAGCUGAGAGAUCCCUCGAGAGCGAACAAAAAGUGAUCUUUGAUCCAAUUUGUUUCCUCCGUAAGCUCCCUGAAGUGAGAAGUUUCGAUUUUUCUAGUUCUUUCCUCUGAUUUCUGUGAGAUCAGAUCAACUUUUCAGCUUCUUUUUGGCCCCCCCCUUCUUCCAGAUUUCCUCAGCCAAGAGGGCUUCUUUUUGUACCCUCAGGUUGAUCGGUCCUCGUUCUUUCUUUUCUUUUCUUUUCUUUUCCUAGAUUGACCAAAAGAGGCUGCUUUUUUCUUCUGUUCCUCUUUCUUUCAGAAUUCCUUCCUCUGUUUCUACUUUCUAUUGUUCUGUUCACAGCCAAUUGGGCUUUUGCCAAUCUGCUCCUUUUGUACUGCAUCUUUUUCUUGCUUCUUUGCCACCUCACGAAGCUACUUCGUUUGUUGUCCUCUGCCUUUUAGUUGAAGCUUUGGGUUUGCUUUACAGAGAAGGCAUGGCUGCAGCCAUGGAUGUUUACAGCAGCAUGCCAGUUUCCUCAUCAUCAGAUCCUCUGAUGGAAGCACUUGACCCUUUUAUUAAAGGUGCUCCCACCUCCUGUUACCCCUCUUCCUCAAGCUUUGCCUCCUCUGAGUCUUUCUGUUAUCCUUCUUCUUCCCCUGUUUCUCCUUUCUCCCCUUAUCUUCACCAAGAUCCCAGUUUUGAUCCCUCCUUGCUCUCAGAAUCCAGUUACGAAAUGCCUCCGCAACAUUUGUUGAAUCAGAAAGAUGACUUCUUGGGCUGCUUGAGCUCGGUUGGAUUCAGUUAUCUCUUCCCUGCUCAUAUCCAGCAAAUCCGAGCUCAAUUCCAAUACCAACAGCAGCUUAUGGCAGCAGCCUCCGAGCGCCGGAACCUGGGUAACGCAGAUCCGCUUGCUGCCCGGCGUCGGCCCAUGAAGCGCGCCGGGUCGCCACCCUCGCCUCCGAAGCCCACGAAGCUCUUCCGCGGUGUCCGGCAGCGGCACUGGGGUAAAUGGGUCGCGGAAAUCCGUCUUCCCCGCAACCGCACCCGCCUCUGGCUCGGGACCUUCGAUACCGCGGAGGAGGCCGCCCUGGCCUACGACAGGGCCGCGUUCGAGCUCCGGGGCGACGCCGCGAGGCUCAACUUCCCGGAACUGCGCCGUAACGGGUCUCACAUGGGACCGCCGCUGCACUCCUCCGUGGACGCCAAGCUCCAGACCAUCUACGACACCAUGGCGAACUCACAGAAGCCAAAGAGUGCUCUUCCCGGUUCAGCGACGACAGAGGAGCCCGGCACGAGUUCGGAGGAUAACAAGUCGGAGAGCUCCUCCUCGUUGGAGGAGGACGAGCCAUCCUCGGGAUCGUCCGCUGUGUCCGCGAUGCAGCACUUGGACUUCUCCGAGGCGCCAUGGGACGAAUCAGAGAGCUUCGUGUUGCGGAAGUACCCAUCCUGGGAGAUCGACUGGGACUCCAUUCUCUCCUCAGAUUAGUAGUGCUCAGAAUCUAAAGCUGUUGCAGAUGAGGUUUUAGUCAUUUGCAUGGCCCCUUGUGGUGUUCUUUGUCCUCGAAGCUUUAAGCUGCAGUAUAGUGAGUCGGUGUUGUCGGCAGUACGACCUUCAGGUUUGCUGGCUUUUUCUAGGCAUACCUGAGGGAAGGUUGUCUUCUUUGCAAUGUCAUGUGAAGCUCUGUAGUCACUGAAACAGAGCAGUAAAUUGUUUGUGUACAUGUGCAAAGUUGGGAGUGUGUCAGACACAAACAGAAGUAGCAUUCACUGUCAUGUGAAGCUUUCUAAGCACUGAAGCUUUGUAGUCACUGAAACAGAUUAGUUAAUUGGUUUGUAUGUGUAUGUGUGCAUAGUCGUGAGAGUUUCUGAUCGAAAUAGUGGCAUUCACUGUCAUGUGAAGCUUUGUAGUCAAUGAAACAGAGCAGUAUAUUAGUGUGGAUGUUAGCAAAGUUGUGAGAGUAUUAGAUCUGAAUAGUAGAGAGUUCAGUGUCAUGUGAAGCUUUGUAGUCACUGAAACAAAGCAGUAAAUUAGUGUUUGUGUGCA